AUGCCGCGCCAUUAUUCAAGAUCACAAUCCCCCAUAUCCCGCCCACCCAAAGACAGAAACUACCGCGAUCGAAGCGAUGCGCGUCCCAAGCGCAAAGACCGCGACGACGACACAUCCACACGAAAGAAGCUCCGGAUGCCGCAGAAAGAAAUCAACUAUCCAUCUGUGAACGAGUUGAAGAAGCGCAUCCGUGAUGUUAAACGUCUUCUGAACCGAGUUGAUCUACCGGCCGAUGCUCGCAUCGUGCAGGAACGUGCCUUGACUGGGUAUGAGAAAGAUCUCGAGGAGGAGAUGAAUCGACGUGAUCGGUCGAAGAUGAUUAAGAAGUAUCAUUUUGUUCGGUUUUUGGAUCGAAAAACAGCCACUAAAGACGUGAACCGUCUCCUUCGACAUGAGAAAGAGAUCUCGGAGUCUGCAGAUCUCGACGCCACUUUGAAGAAGUCGAAGCUUUCAUCCCUCGCUCAGAAAAUCCACACCGCUCGCGUCAACCUCAACUAUACCAUCUAUUACCCUCUUACCGAGAAAUACGUCGCUCUGUAUGCGGAUGUGAAGAAGGGCAAAGAAAAAGGAUCCAAUCUCCCCGCCAGAAAAGACAACCAAAAUAAUGACGAUGACUCCGACAAUAAUUCCAGCUUUAAGGCCCUUCACACCACAGCGGCAGAUAAGCCGGCCCUAUGGCAUGUUGUUGAGAAGUGUAUGGAAGAUGGGACGUUGGACCUUCUACGUGAUGGGAAAUUGACCGCAAAUGGAGGACCGGGCGACAGUAAACAAAAGAACGCUACUCGUUUAUCGGAGUCAAAACAUGAAGGAGCAGAGAAAAAGAGCGCCCAGUCCCGUACAGCGGAGACCAAAAAGGAUAGGAUAUCGAGCCGGGCUGCUGCUGGGAAAAAGCGCGACACGCUAGGGAAGAUGGCCUACUACAAUAACGACGACGAUGAUUAUCAGAGUGAUGGAGGCUUCUUUGAAAUGUAA